CGUCACCUAGCGAAUGGUGAUCUUACGACAAGUACUUUGGUUUGGUCAGUGUCAGUGAUCCAGGCUAAAGUUGUAUGUUUUCCCGAGGGACGAAGUGCAGCAGUAAGGUUUGUAGUAUCAACUUUGACAAAGCUCUUGUAUAACAAGACUGGAUCAAAUGUCUGUGGUGCGCCUUCAACGCCAGUGUUUGUCUCUGUAUUUUGUCUACAGCCGUUUUCAUGACGACCGCUCAAACUUCACGGUCCGGUUGAUAUUUGCACACCUUUUCGGUCUCCAGUAUUCAGAACUAGAGUUUUUCAAUGCACAGUUGAACGUACGGCGUCAAGUCAUGAAUUUAGACGUAAAUUUGACGCUAAAGAUUGCAGAGCUGGCCUUUGGUCUGCUUGGCUGGGCUAUCCUGGCCUCCGUCCACAGUAUGUUCGCGUGGGGAGGACAACAUUGGGUGAUGUUCGUGAUGGUGACGACCUGGCUCAUCUCUCUAGCACUCCUCGUCUUGGAGAAGACCAAGUACUUCUAUAACCGCAAAGUCAGCUUGGUCUACGCCGUCACAGCAGCCUUGCUCUACGUCACAGCUGCCAUUGUACAGUGCGUCAAUGCCGAUAGGUGGCGCUCGUGGACUGUGGUGGUUGUGGGGGUCGUCUAUCAGAGACAGGCAGUCGCUGCGGCGUUUGCCGUGGUGACCGCCAUUAUUUACUGCGUGGACGCCAUUAUGACCUUCAAGGGUCAACACGUCCAAGUUGCUGUGAAGUAACCUUCGACAUUAACGAAACCAGCGUGCGGCAUGUAGGACUGGGGAAAGGAAUAUAAAAAUUCGCGACGGUGGCUGUGGUCACAGUUGACAAAUCGG